AUGGAUUUCCAACACAGGGCAGGCGGCAAAACUGGCAGUGGUGGCGUAGCGUCGUUUUCUGAAAGCAAUCGAGACAGACGAGAAAGGUUGAGACAACUCGCUUUGGAGACGAUUGACUUGAAUAAGGUUUGAUUCUAUCUUUUAUAAAUCAUGUUUUCUUUAUUAUUUGAUGCCCUGAUAAGCCCUGGAUAUUUCGUAUACUGUCUGCUUGUAUGUGAAAGUUUUUAGAGGAUAUAUAUUUAUUUGUCAUAUUGCUGUUCAAUCCCCCCCUGGAAAAUUCUUUGAAUGUGUUCUUAUACUAAAGAGGUAGUUUAUAUGGAAGUUGAACUUCGGCCAUGCAAGCGAGAUCUCACUGUGUGGGUAUUUUGUAGUAGGAAUUGCUUUGCGUUGAUAUGGACAGUUAGGCAGUUCUCGUUUCCACGAUCUCACUUGAAUAACACAAGAUCUUGCUUAAUAAGAAAGCUUUGGAUUGAUAAGGAUACAUAUACCUGAAAAAUGCAAGGAGAACUUCAACAUUUCGAGUGAAGGACUUUUGUCGGGGAGUCAGUUACUGCUCCUAACUUUCUGACAAAAGGGCUUUGCUUGAAACAGCAAUGUUCUCCUUGUAUCACAAUCAAUCCAAAGCAUUCUUAUCAUUGACACAGAUUGGUACCUAUUACUGCGCCUAAUGUGCCCUACUUUAUUAUUCGAAGUACCUAGAUAGCCAGCUGUUUAGUAAACUGCCGGUCAUUUAGCACCUGACAUUUCUUAUUUAGUUAUAUAAACUCAUUUUUUUGCAAUUGUAUUCAGCGAACUUGUUGGUAGCGUAUUUGUUAAAGUCGUUGCGUGCGAAGUGAAACAUGGUCUGGUCCGGAUCCAGUGUAGCUGACUACUUUUUGUCUGACUUACAAUUUUUUCUUAAUUUAAUUAAAUUUUUUUUAAACAUUUUUUCCGGCUUUUUUUAAACUCUCAAUUAUUUUAAAAAUAUUUAAUGUUAACUAUAGUCACUACUGUAUAUUGUCGACAGUUUACUAAAUAGCCGGCUGUCUAGUCACUUUUGUUUAUUAUUUUCUUUUAAUUUAAUUAAUAUCUAAUGCCGGAAAAGUUUACUUGUCAAGGAGAGAGCUGGAAUUCAGUGGGUUAAUUUAGGAGAAAGAGGGACAGCAGCUUGUAUUGAUCUCUUUUAUAUUUUCUUGUCAAUAGGAUCCAUAUUUUAUGAAAAACCAUCUUGGUUCUUAUGAAUGCAAACUCUGUUUAACCUUACAUAAUAACGAGGUAAUGUUAGAUUUAAAUUUAUUCACAUUUAUUGAAUUUGUAAUUAGUCAAAACAUACUAUUUUAUAUUUUAUGAUAAUUUAUAAGUUUGUAUAACAUUGUUUAUCCCAGGGCAGUUACUUGGCCCACACUCAAGGAAAGAAACAUCAGCAAAACUUGUGAGUACAUUUGCACGCUAACCUGUCCUAAUUUGUUAUUUACUCUGUCUAACAGCAGACAAUUUUACAUGUCAAGGGGAAAAUGUGGGUCAUUGCUUUUGUGGGCCAUUUGUCUUGUUAACCCUUUCGGUGGCAUUGCAUCCUAAUGUCCCCUACUUUGUUAUUUUACUCUGUCCGAAGCCAGAUGAUUUUACUUGUCAAGUUAAGAGUACUCCCACUCAAUGGGUUAAUCAGAUGAUCUGCCUAUGUGUCUAGUUAACCUGUUAAGUUGCAUUGCACCCUAAUGACCCUACUUUAUUAUUUUACUCUGUCAAAUGCCAGACAGUUUUACUCAUCACUUGCAAGUGCUGGUGCUCAAUGGGUUAAUAAUAUUUUUAGAGCAAGGAGAGCCGCCAAAGAAGCGAAGGACGCUCCAGCACAACCACAACCGGUAAGAUCAAUAUUGUUUCCACAUACUAAUGGUUCUAACAACACCUGUGCCAGGUCUUUGAGACUGAUUUUAUAGCGGUAUCUUGACUUUUGAGUCACAUUUGUGGAUUUCAAGGCAGGAGUGGGCAGUAAAAUUGAAAAUAUUUGUAUGUUUGGCCGUAAGGGAAAAUCCAUUUGACCAUUUCAGAGGGGACAAAACUUUACUUCUAUUUAUAUCUUAUGUCUGUGUUUUGCAUUUUAGCCUGCUUGAGCAGGCUAUUUUGCAAUGGCUUAUAAAUUAUUUCCAACUUUUUAAAACAGUUCUAGUUUGUUUUCCUAUUCAACCAAAUUAUGGGCACGUUGUAUUCUGACAGUUCAAAAUAUUAGGUAAAUCAUUUCGUUCGUGUGUGUUCAAUUUUUGCAAGCAAGCAUGUAUUUGGUUCUGAUUUUUCAUGUAUAUUAAUUUAUUAAUAAGUAAUUAUGUUAUUUUUCGCUCAAUUUGAGGAGACAUAACACUCGUUCUUUGGGCUCGUGCAAUACACCCUUUCGAUAAUUACGUCACAACUACACAGUUUUCAACUUAGGACCACCUUAAAUGGAAAGGAUUUCAAGUUUUUUCUGAUGGGCUAUGCACAGAGAAGCAGAACAUCCUUCUUCAACACAUGCAUGAAAAAAUUUGGGGAUUUUGAUCAAUAAAUGUGGAAAUAAGCUUUAACACGAAAACGAGGCUCCAGACCUGGUCAUGACCUGGAGCCUCGUUUUCGUGUAAAUGCCUAUUUCCAUAUUUAUUGAUCAAAAUUCAAAAUUUUUUAUGCAUGUGUUGAAGAAGGAUGUUCUGCUUUUCUGUGCAUAGCUCUUCAAAAAACCCUUGAAAUCCUUUCCAUUUAAGGUGGUCGUAAGUUGAAAACUGUGUAGUUGUGACGUUUUUACAAAUUGCACUUGAAAUAUUCUUUGCAGAACUGCACAAACUUUGCACACUGAACGACAUCGAUGAAGGCACGUCGUAA